CUUGUAACAGAACAUGCCUUUGAAAUUCCAGACAACAUCAGGCCUGGGCAUCUCAUAAAAGAGCUCUCAAAAGUGAUUCGUUCUGUAGAGGAGGAAAACAGCAAACUAGUUAAAACUCAGGGAAUUCUCGGUGUGUGUCCAACUUCACGGUCUUCGCAGGAAACGAAUUCCUCUCACUACUCCAGACGAAGGGUGAGGAAACUGCGAGACCAUGCAACCAAAACUCCUUCUAAUCUGGACAUCCUGGAACUCCACACCAGGGAGGUACUGAAAAGGCUGGAGAUGUCACCAUGGGAGGAGGAUACUGCAAGCUCAAAACUGAAUGGGAGAUUUAACAAGCCUUUUCAGCCAUCUUCUACAGUACCUGAAUGGCGAACAAAGGACAAUGAUCUUCGCCUUUUGCUGUCAAAUGGAAGAAUAAUUAGAGAUGAGAGACGCCCCUUUACAGAUCGAAGUCUUUACACAGCAGAUAGUGAAGAUGAUGAUGACAGGACAAGGUCGAAAAAGACAACUGUUAAGGUAGAAGAACAGCCAUCAGGAUUUGAAGGAGAAGGGAAUGCAGAUGCCCAGAAACCACUGAACAUGUUCUUUGAAAGUGUGAAAUCAGAACUCAGGAAUGGAUCCUCAGAGUACUCUGAUAUUUCUGAUUCAGAAGAAUCUGAACCUGAUUGCACUACCCAGCAGAAGGAUUCCUCUAUAGAGGAGUCGGAAAGCUCAGGUGAUGAAGAGAAACAGGAAGUAACAUCAAAUUUCAAAGAGGAACCUAAGGUCACAAGAGACCUUUGUCAAAAUACCCAGAAGCCAUCCAGAAAUGAAACUCCCAGUAAAAAGGAAUGUCCUACCUCGACAAGUACAGAAGAAGAAGCUAUUCAGGGCAUGCUUUCUAUGGCAGGAUUGCACUAUACUACAUGUUUACCAGGUCAUACUCAAAGCACAGACUGCACAGAUAAAAGAGCCUCUCUUCAGGAACACAGAAGCUACCCCAGGAGUCGUCAUAAAGACAGACAGCCAUCUCAGAGCCACAAAACAAUAGAAUGUGGUAGGUCUGUGAAGGAAGAGGAAAGAGACUUAGGGACUUCAGCCUGGGCUAGACACAUGAACGAAGCUUCAAGGUUUACCCCUCAGGAUACAAGUAAAACUCAAAAAUAUAUCAAGAAAGAGGGUGCAUCAGAAGCCAGUCAUAAGGUUCAGGAAAACAGAAGUAUAGUCCACAACAACGGCUUGAGUUUUCAGCAUGGCAAGUAUACACGAGACUCCAAUCUAAUUCAAGGAGAAUGUCGGCUGAGUGAUGGCAGCCUUAGCCCUGACAGGCCAUAUGGUGAAACAUCCUUGUCUGUACCACUUCAUCCAACAAAGAGGCCAGCGUCAAAUCCACCCCCUAUCAGCAACCAGGCGACAAAAGGCAAACGUCCAAAGAAAGGAAUGGCAACUGCUAAACAGCGCCUUGGGAAGAUCUUGAAGUUGAACCGGAAUGGCCAUGCACGCUUCUUUGUUUAAUGUAGCUGCUACUUCUACUACUGCUGUCUUUCCUACACAGACCAGUAUUGAGGUCAACAGAGCCUGGAGCUGCUGUUAUUCCUCUGCUUGAAGCAGACUUGCAUGUACCGUAUAAAACACUGCCUGAUGAACAAAAACAAGAAAGGAAAAAAAAAAAACAAAACAAAAAACAAACAACAAAAAAACCAACAACCCAAUGCUGCAUUUUCACUGUGCCACACCUGCUCAGCAAUAACCAUAUGGGAAUGGGGAAAUCCUGAGAGACAUGGACUGUGAGAAAUAGUCUCUCAUCAGGGCUUGAAUAUCAUUUGUUGCUGGUAGAUUCUGAUCUAAAUAAUGAGGGGAAGACGAUGAAGGUGGUUUAUCAAUAAUUUAUUUCUGAUAGAUUUUGACAACUUUUAAAUUCAUUUAAAA